AUGCCUCAUCGCACGCUCGCCUCCCCCAAAGCUGAUUGUUCCUGUCCAGAGGAGCGCAUGCGCAAAUGUUUGAUGGACCAAGAUGAUGUAAUAUUUCCUCAGUACAAAGCUAAGUAUGAUCAUCUGCUUCUACCAACCAGCAGGAACCAGGCUUUCCUCUACCCCUCAUUAGCAUUGCUGACGCCGUCAGUCUAUAAUGAGGGAACUCCGAGCCCGCUUUCCCUUUUUCUGUGUCCGAAAAAAGUACAGCACGCCUCCAAGAAGGGCACGAAGAAAAUUAUCAAGAAGGUGCGAGUGAAGGAUGAUAAGAAGAGGAGUCGGUCCAGGAAAGAAAGUUACUCCAUCUACAUCUACAAAGUGAUGAAGCAGGUUCACCCCGACACCGGCAUCUCCUCUAAGGCCAUGAGCAUCAUGAACUCGUUCGUCAACGAUAUUUUCGAGCGCAUCGCGGGGGAGGCUUCCCGCCUGGCCCAUUACAACAAGCGCAGCACCAUCAGCUCCCGGGAGAUCCAGACCGCCGUGCGGCUGCUGCUGCCCGGGGAGCUGGCCAAGCACGCCGUGUCGGAGGGCACAAAGGCGGUGACCAAGUACACCAGCUCCAAGUGAAGGACCGCAUUGUACUGAGACACACACCCACAACCCAAAGGCUCUUUUAAGA